ACAUGUGGUCCUUCCUACACGGAGUCACCCCCACAGACCGAACACCCAAAAAUCCCUCAUUUUUGUAUCUAGUUUCUCAUCUUCUCUGCCUCAGCCCUUCCCUCUGCAGCUCUUCUGCCGCCCCGCGCCGCCGGCAACUAUGUUGCUCUUUGGACUAAUGGCUUGCAGGUUGAGUUAAUAUAAGGCUCUUGAACUAGGAGGUUUACCUGCAGUUUCUGACUACUUACUCAACAACCAAUGAAAAGGGGAAAAUCAUUCACGUUGGAACAAGAUGUGGCUAUUUGCAAUGCUCGGUUAAAUAUCUUCCAAGAUCCGUUCAAUGUUGUUUCAAAACCGCAAUAUAAUUUCUGGGAUCGAAUAUACCAAAAUUAUGGUGAGUUAACUGGGGAUCAAAAUGUGCGCUCCCAAUGUUCAGUUCAGUCUAGGUGGAAAUUAAUCAUCGGGAGUUGCAAAAAAUUUCAUGAUUGUCUUGCUCGAGUAGAAGAUAAACAAAGUGGAUUGACUGAAUCUAACAAGGUUCUUCGAGCAAAUAUGCUGUACUUUGAGCAUGAGAAGAAACGUUUUGCAUUCAAUCAUUGUUGGGAAAUUUUGCAACAUAAGAUGAAAGAUUUGGCACCAGCUAAGAGUCUUGAUCCUCGUACUAAGGAUAGAGACUCCAACAUCCAUUCCUCAUUCUCCUCGCAUCCUCUGGACCCUAACACACUUGUUUCACCUGAAUCUGAUAAAGAUUCAUAUUAUAUAACGGAAUCUCGAAAAAGCAAAAGGCCUGCAAGAAGAAGGGCUGAAAAAGAAGCACACAGGAGGAGCAAGGUAGUCAAUACUUUGGAUUCUCGCAUUUGCGACUUGAUGGAGCAAUUUACAAAACAAUUGGCAGAGAGUGACAAAAGAAAGGCAGAAGUUGCAGAAAGAAAGGUAAAGGUCAUGGAGGAAAUGAAUGAAAGGCAGCAAAGAGAGCAAGAUGACCGCAUUAUGAGUAUGGACACUUCAAACAUGGGACCACGCGCAAGAGCUUACUAUGAGCACAGAAAGAGUGAUAUUUAUUUCAAAACCAUGGGGCACACUGCAGACAAGUCCAAUAUGGAGGACAAGAGCACGAUAUUUAUGCCAAAAUGACGGCAUAAAAUUCAGGAUAUGAAUUUUGUGUACGAAUCACAUUCUGCAUAUGCGUUGAUGUUUGAAUUAUGAAUUCAUUCAUGUUUAUCUAUCUUGAAUUAUGAAUGUUGUGUAGGAAUCACAUCCCACACUAUCAA